AUGGGUUAUCUCACUUGGAAUUCAACCAUACAAGGUUGGGCUGAUGAAAAACAACAUUUUGUAUAUGGCAGUCAUGUUCAACAUGCAGUACUUAUUGGAUGUGGAUUAGCUAUAUGUCCCAAGAGUAAAGUUGAUCCUAAUCACAAUUGGUUACAUUAUGUUUGCAAUUGUCAUGGCUUGGUAUGUCUUUAUGGUGGAACUAUCGAUCGUAAUCUAUGUCAAUGCCAAUGUCAAUCUUAUACAUCAGGAAAUCAAUGUGAAAAUCUUGAUUGUUCAUCAUUACAAGAUGAUUGCCAAUACGGAACUGAUCAAUCAUUAUGUACAAUAUAUUCAAAUAUUCCAACUGAAUGUCCUAAAUUUUGUGGUUUAUGUAAUCGAUACGAUGCAAUGAAAAAAUAUUAUAAUUCACUUGAAAUAUCAACAAGUAAUGGCAUUGAAACAAUAAGAAAUAUUUCAGUUUUUAUUCAAAUAAUCAUUGUACUUUUGUACUUCUCUUGA